AUGGUCAACCACAUCACCAAGAAGACCCCCCCGAGCUUGCAAACCCAGAUGCCUGAGCAUGUAGACCUGUGUCUCAACAUACGCAUAACAACUGUACAGGAUGAUGACGAUGAAUUAAAUCCCUUUGCACCUACCCUUCCACCUUCGUCACCACACAUACUUGAGGGUCCGUACGACUUUGUCUCACCACCGUCAACUCCCUCCCGUUCACAUUCUGCUUCACCACCCUCUCGUCGAUCUGCAGAUGGUGCGACAACAUAUAGGUUUGUUCAUUUUGAGGAGCCAUCUAUCACACCAUCAUCACCAGAGGAUUCGCUCUCAUCACCAUUGCCAUCGUUGGCAUCACCUCUGUCAUCUCCUGCAUCAAUAUCGGUGUCACCUCUAUCAUCAGCAAAGGAGCGCCGUGAUGCAGACGAUGUGUGGCCAUUUUACAUGGAAGGCGAUCGCCGGAUUUGUAAACUAUGUCAGGCGGGUGAUAAGCAUAAGAACGCCAAGGACAAGACUUAUUCUAUGAGCACAGGGACAACAAGUCUUCGCCAUCAUCUCAUAAGAGAACACCUCAAAUUAUGGGUUACGGCUUGCGACAGGCUCGGCACUUUGAUCAAGGGCAAUGGGACAAAAGCCGCUGAGAAGUUUCGGAAAGCAAAUGGUAUGACAAUGCCCUCAGAUGCCUCAUGUAGCGACACUUCAUCUAUUCCCGAAUUCUCUCAUGAUGCAUUUAUCGAUGCUAUCAUUGAAUGGAUUAUUGCUGAUGAUCAGCUAGAAAUGCACUAG